GACCAGCUGGCCGACCCGAACGUAGGUUAUUCCCGAAGAUUUCGACCGAUUUUACACAACAGCAUGAAGCCAAAUUAGCGAACUAAAAUUAAAAUGAGACCAAGCGACGAAACAACGGCCACACCGACAGAUAGUGAUCGCUUGCUACGCCUACCCGGCCUAUAAAUAGCCCACGGAAGAUAAAAAUCGGCGGUCGGAUAAACGAAAAUUCGCAGCCAUGGAUAUCCUGCACAUGAUCUCUGAUGUGCUCAGCAUUAUCACCAUCUCGCUAUGUCUCAUCCUUAAAGUUCCUCAAAUCCUUAACCUUUACAAACUCAAGUCAGCCAAGGGCAUGAACCUUCCUGGUCUUUUCUUGGAGUUGACAAGCUACACUGUCAUGACCUGUUACAACUACUGCAACAACUAUUCGCUCAUGUCGUACAUGGAAUAUCCGAUCAUCCUAUUCCAAGAGCUCAUCUUGAUCUUCUUGGUUCUGAAAUACAAAAACCUCGUCAACACCACCAGUAUCGCCGGCUUUGGAGUCUACCUGGCAAUUUUGGCAGCUUUUGCUCUUAGAAUUGUGCCCACGGUUGUUCUCUCGUUCAUGGCUCCCCUGUGCACUCCAAUCUCUGCCUCCAGCAAAAUUGUCCAACUCGUUGCACUUCUGCGUAGCAAAGACUCCGAGUCCAUCAGCGUUCUCACAUGGUUCCUCUCUGCCUUUACUAACUUUUCACGUAUUUUCACCAUCUACUUGGACUCGGCCGACUUGACUUUGCUGACGAACUUUGGCAUUUCCACAUUCCUGAGCACCUCCAUGAUGGUUGCCACCAUUUAUUACAAGAACCCAAAGAAGGAAAAAGAAUUCUGAAAAGUCAUCACUCUUUUGACAAAAAGCAUCACUACUAAUCACGCUUGCCAUAAUUUUUUCUUAUCUUGUUGCUAACGUUUUUUGUUUGUUCCUAUUAUUUUUUUUGUCACUUCAUUGAAACGAACGAGUCUUCGUUAAGAUUGAUUUAUUCUAAUCAGACGAUUAUUUGCUCACUUGACGUUUAUACGCUUACGCAAGCAGAAUUAAAUAUUAGUCAAUGUAUUAUUUUAUGAAUGAGCAUUGGGUAUGUUGAACGUACCCUUGACAGUAUUUUUUGCCAAAGCUUUUUUGCCUAAUUUUCGCACUGGACUGUUUUAUUGACGCCCUUUAUUGCAUCACAAGUAUUAGAUUGAAUUUAUUGUAAAUUUGAUGUUUAGGAUUUAUUUUACUAAAAACUGAUCAAAAAUGCAAAUAUUUUGCUCUCUUGUUGCUAGCAAUAAUAUUUAUUGAAUAAGGCUGUAUUUUUAUCAUUGAAACACGAGGAGGCUAAUAAAGAAAUUUUACCCAUCAAAA